UCCUCAUCUUUACUGCAAAACAAACCAAGAUCCCAGCAAGAGACAACAUCAAGAUGAUCCUUUUAUCGAUUACACUGCUUCUUUUCCAUCAAGGAUAUGGACUGAUGUCAGUGACCACAGUUCAACUUGGUGAAUCUGCAACCUUCACAUGCGCUUACCCCGAUUGGGAGCAUAGCAAUACCCGAGUCAAGUGGUACAAACAGAGUGUUUGGGAUUCUCCCACAUUAAUGGCUACACUGUUGAAAGGCACUGCAAAUCCUGCAUUUGAACAAGGGUAUCCCCAAUCCCGUUUUCAUGCAAAACAUUUAGUUAACAUGAGUACUCUGACCAUUUUGAAGACAAUCCCAGAAGACAAGGCAAUCUAUCACUGCGCAGUCACUACCUGGAGUAACGAUGACUGGACGAGCACAUAUUUGUCUUUAGAAGGAAACAAUCAGAGGGCAACAAACUUUACUAUUGUUCAGUGGCCGACAGUUCCCGAUCCAGUACAUCCAGGAGACUCCGCCACUCUCCAGUGCUCGGUCCUCUCCUACUCUGAGAAGAAGAACUGUCCUGGGGAACACAGUGUGCACUGGUUUGGAGUCAGAUCAGAUAAAUCUCAUCUUAACAUCAUCUACACUGAUGAAAACGAACAAAAUGAGUGUAAGUAUACCUUGGACUCUCAGAAGAGCUGUGUUUAUCGCCUCUCAAAGAAAUUCAACUCCUCUGAUGCUGGGAUUUACUACUGUGCUGUGGCCACAUGUGGAGAGAUAGUAUUCGGAGACGGAACAAAAGUGAACAUCGAAGCCACCGGCUCGUGGCCUUUUGGUGAUUUACAGAAUUAUGAUUUUCUGCUUCUGCCGUGUGGGGUCUCGGCUAUUAGUGUGAUUGUUAUAGCCAUCCUCAUUUACGCCAUCAAGAAAAACCAGUGUGGUUAUUGUGAUGACAAGGCUGCUGUGUCCCUGCAAGAAUAUGUUGCAAAAAUAAAUCUGAAGAGAAAUGAAAACCCAUGGAAUUAUUCUACUGUCGUCUUUACCGUGAUGGAAACCAGCAUUGGUGGAACGAGGGAGGGAAAAGCAGCAAAGAGAGAGAGGAUCUACACUUCUGCCAAGGCUUUUUGAGUGGAAUAGAUUGUUAAAAGUGGACUCAGCUAGGGCUGUGUACUAACACCAGAUAUGUGUGUUGUUCCCAGAUCGAACAGCUAUUGGAUUAUGAGAUUUAUCCUGAAUUCGACAAAGCAUAUUGGAUUAAAAAUGCACACAUGUGAUAGUUAAAAGUGUUAAAGCUGAACGCUGUUAUAGAAUGUGUGAUUUGGCUUGCAUUGUGCUUAUGAUGCAUGAUUUCCUAUGCUUACAUGUAUAAAUAGAUGAUAAAAAUAAAAAUGCAUAUUGCCAAAUAUUUUGUUAGAUUCAAAUGUUGUGAAAUAGUGAUACACACAGAAAUGUGGCCUGUCGUAUAUCUAGGCCGCAGGUUAACUGACUCUUUACCGUCAUGCACCUUUUUAACUAUUUUUGAGGCCUUUCCCUUUAAAACCUACUCUAACAUCAACAUUUCUUACAUCAAAAUUCUACCAAAUAUGGUAAGUAAAUCUAAAUAUGAUUUGAAGUGUGUCAAUUAUCCCUCUAGAGAAGAGUCCAAUUGUUUUCUUCAUUGACAGUGAAACGCAGAAUAAUGCUUCUAGUGAAAAGAAAGCAUGACAGGAAAUGUUACUGCAGUCAUAAUGAUGUUAUUGCUCUGUUUAAUCACUAUGCAGAAAGGCUCUUUGAGUUUGACAGCUUUUACUUUUGAUGGUUGUGAGUCAUAAUUCAAACAAACCUUGAAUGGUAAAUAAAACACACCUGGUUUUCUCUUGUAUGAACACCAAACACCAGGGGGCACUGAAAGGUGAAAAGCAGUAGAUUUGGAUUUAUUUCUUUUUUCGUUUAUCAUUUUAUUUGUUUAAAAGGUAGCAAACUAAUCAAAUGCCAGCACAUUUACUAAGUCCCCUUAUUCCCUAAUACUGUAGGUGCACAAUAUAACCACAUUUCCAUACAAUCAUAUUUUUAAACACAGAUGAUAUAGUUCAUGCACAGUUCAACCCCGAAGGAUGAAACAGAAGCUUUUGGGAGUUCAGUUUGAUCUAAGAACUCAUAGCACAGGUAUUUUUUACUAACUAAAACAGUAUUCAACAAAGCCACUGUUCCACACUGCAAUCAUACUAUGAACUACAACACAUUAACAAACAACCUGACUGGUAUUAGACAUUAUUAAAGCUGUAUUUCUCUUCUCUGCUUCUGAGUCACUGCAUCUAGAAAGGCUUCCUCUUCCAUGACCUUCAGUCCACCAGAAAAUAAAAUCAAAGGUAGCAUCAUGGCUGUUUUCUCACAUUUAUAUCUGAAAGAAAAAGCUGCCUGGAGCACUUUUUAAUAUGAGGUUCAGCUUUCCUCCUUGCUGUUGAAUUGAAUUUUAGUUCCUCUGGUUACUUUGUUCUCUUUGUAAGAUGUGUUCACAAUGAUAAUAAUAAGUGGAACAGUGUUGAAUUAUGUUAUGGGGAUAUAUAUGAACGUAGCCUCAAUUUUUUAUCUGAAAAGUUAAGAAAACAAUACCCUUUUCCUCUGUUUUGCCACUUAAGCUGCUGGGUCUCUGUUAUUAAAGGACACUUUUAUUUAUUUCCAUGUUUUAAAUUCAAUCAACAAGUGUUGCAAUGUAAUGUAAGCAUUAAAAGAAGAUAUAAACCAAUAUA